AUGGCGGACGUCGUAGACCCGGCGCUUCGAUCUGGCGAAGACUGGAUUGCGCGGGAAGACAUUCUGGGAAUCCUGCCCACGGCAGACCUGGCCUACCGGGUGCUGUUCUUCGACAGCGGCCAUACUCGCUUGAAGACGGUGGUUAUCCCCACCCUACCCUCGGAGCUGUCGUCCCUGCUGGUCACCGAUCUUCCCGCCCACCUGCAGCACGGUUUGCUCCAGGUCGUCAUCUCCGCGCGGUCUGGUACGGGGACAGCCCCCGCCGUAUUCUCAGAUCUGGUCCAGCCUUUUCUUGCCUCUCUGGGGCGGGACUACGAAGUCUAUGAGACCGAGACCGAGAACACGAUUUCGGAACUGGCUCGGACGAAAUUCCUCGAGCGCGCCUGCCAGGGGAUCGCGCAAACGAUCGUCCUGCUCACCGGGGAUGGCGGGCUGGUAGACCUGGUCGACGUCUUCUACAAGUCCGACCGCACGGUGUCGGUGCCGCCCACCAUCGCCCUGAUCCCCUGUGGGACCGGCAAUGCUAUGGCCAGCUCCAUUGGGCUCCGAUCUGGACCGAUGUCAGGUCUACCGGCCCUGCUCCGGGGCCAGCCAUCUUCCCUCCCCGUCUUUGCCGCCCAGUUCUCCCCCGGAAGUCGGCUGGUGAUUGACGAGGGCCGUGGACGGGCUCGCAUUGACGACUCCCAUCUCUACGGAGCGGUCGUUGCCAGCUGGGGGUUUCAUGCGGCGCUGGUCGCCGACAGUGACACGGCCGAGUAUCGGGCCUUCGGGGCCCAGCGAUUUCAGAUGGCAGCCCAAGAGCUACUCUACCCGUCCGACGGCUCUGUGCCUCAUGCGUUUCGCGGCCGUAUCACGCUGACCUCGGCGGAAGGCAGGCAGGAGGAACUACCGGACCCGGAGCACAUGUAUGUGCUGGCGACGCUGGUUCCGCGACUGGAGAAGGAGUUCCUGAUCUCGCCGGACUCGGAGGCACUGAGCGGGCAGAUGAAGCUGAUCCGGUUCGGACCGGUGAGCGCAGACCAGGCCAUGAGCCUCAUGACGCGGGCGUAUCAAGGCGGACAGCACGUGCAAGACGAGACGGUGACCUAUGUCGAGGUGGACGCGUUGCGCAUUGAUUUCCAGGAGGACGAGGAGCGAUGGCGGCGGGUGUGUAUCGAUGGCCAGAUCGUCGCGGUAGAGCCGGACGGGUGGAUGGUGGUGCGAAAGGAGCCACGGCGGAUGUUGGAGGUGUUGCGGGUGCUGUAG